CUCGUAUUCUCUACUUCAUCCUCUACGACCAUUAACACUCACUCUAAUAUCAUCACAAUGAAGUUCUUCGCCUCUGUCACCACCCUCGUCUUCGUUGCUUCUGCUGCCCUUGCGGCGCCCUCCACCACCACCACUGUCACCGUCUCCUACGACCAGACGUACGAUAAUCCCAGUGGCUCUCUGCUUACCGUCUCGUGCUCCGACGGCGCCAACGGGCUGCUCACCAAGGGUCUUGGACCCGAUUUCGGCAACCUCACGAACUUCCCGAACAUCGGUGGUGCGGCCGCCGUCGCGGGUUUCAACGACCCCAACUGCGGUACCUGUUGGCAGCUCACCUACAACAACACUUCCAUCAAUGUGCUCGCCAUCGACCACGCCGCAGCAGGCUUCAACAUCGCGCUCGCUGCGCUCAACACUCUCACGAACGGCAACGGUGUCUUCCUGGGACGCAUUAACGCCCAAGCCCAGCAGCUCGAUGCCAGCGCGUGCGGCCUCUAAAUGUCAAGAAAGGUUCAAAGGUGGCAGCUUUUUGUAUAUUCAUGAACAUAACGAGAUGAUGUAUUCGGACACUUCUGUUCACGGACUUGAUGAGCUGUACACCAUUCGCACACAGACACCAUGUUGUAAUUAGGUGUUGUUAACAGGAGUGAGGCAAAUUGGAGAGUGAUGUGCAUAUGCUGGGGACGUACGAAGAGUGCGCAGUCAAGCCAUCUGACAAUCCU